UGUUAUCUUUCUUGACAAUGAGGGUCAGUGUGUACUCAUCUUGCUUUCACUGCUUUCUAACCAGACAGGAAGGAAGAUGUGGACAAUGGAGAUCUUAACGUAUCUACUCUUCUUCUUUCUGACUACAGCAGAGGCAAGCGUUGUGUGGACGCACAAUGAAUUCGACCCCGUGUACUUCAGGAAUGGCAUGCAUAGUCCUGUCACCGACGAAGAUGUCAACGGAUCAGCAACAGUAGUUCCGGAUCCAAAUGGAGGUUCCAACCUCGUUCUGAAAGUCUUUUAUGAGAAGGGGAGAUACAGCCACCAUGGGCCAAACAGCAAGGUGCAGUUCUUUGCCACUCCAAUCAAACCACGUGUCGCCAUGACCUUGAGUUAUGACGUUCGAUUCGACCCAAAUUUCGACUUCCGCAUAGGCGGCAAACUUCCGGGAUUGUAUGGUGGUCUGGUCAAUUGUUCAGGUGGGAGACACUCAGAAAACUGCUUCUCUACAAGGUUCAUGUGGCGAGAAAAUGGGGACGGAGAAGUCUACGGCUAUGUUCCUGACCCAUCGCACCAACUCCCUGGUUUCUGUACGAAAAAUGUUUGUAAUCCAGUGAAGGGCUUUUCGUUUGGCAGAGGGUCCUGGCGGUUUCAACGUGGCGUAUGGCAGAAUAUUGCACAGUCGAUCCAGCUGAACACCCCCGGGAGCACGGAUGGGGCGAUCAAGGUGUUGCACAAUGGGAAGGUGGUGUACGCCGAUGACAACCUAGCACUACGGUCACAAAGUGAUGUCAACAUUGAUGGCAUUUUCUUUUCCACCUUCUUUGGUGGGAGCAACGCAACCUGGGCCCCAUUUCGUGAUUGUUACGCGUGGUUCAAGAAUUUCGCCAUCUCAUUUGACACCGGGCCUGAAGUUGCGGUUGGAUGAAGUCCUCACAACUUUCUGAUCUUCACCAUUGUAUUUGCUUCUAAAUAAAGGUGCAAGUUCAGA